UGGCGGUUGGCAGCGAGCUACCUGCGCGAAGUGAGGCGAGGCGAGACUGCUCCGGACUCACGGACCGACAGACAGAGCGGCCCCUUCGGCCGUCGGCGGCCAGGCGGCCCGAGAUGUUGUCUGGGAAGAAGGCCGCGGCGGCGGCUGCGGCGGCAGCGGCGGCGGCGGCGGCCGGGACGGAGGCCGGCCCCGGGGCAGCGGGCGGCGCGGAGAACGGCUCUGAGGUGGCCGCGCCGCCCGCGGGCCUGUCGGGCCCUGCCGAAGCCGGGCCGGGGGUGGCGGGGGAGCGCACUCCCCGCAAGAAAGAGCCUCCGCGGGCCUCCCCUCCCGGGGGCCUGGCCGAGCCACCGGGGUCCGCCGGGCCUCAGGCCGGGCCUACCGUCGUGCCUGGAUCUGCGACCCCCAUGGAAACGGGAAUCGCAGAGACUCCGGAGGGGCGACGGACCAGCCGGCGCAAGCGAGCGAAGGUAGAGUACAGAGAGAUGGAUGAAAGCUUGGCCAACCUCUCAGAAGAUGAAUAUUAUUCAGAAGAAGAGAGAAAUGCUAAAGCAGAGAAGGAAAAGAAGCUUCCCCCACCACCUCCUCAAGCCCCACCUGAGGAAGAAAAUGAAAGCGAGCCUGAAGAACCAUCUGGGCAAGCAGGAGGACUUCAAGACGACAGUUCUGGAGGGUAUGGAGACGGCCAAGCAUCAGGUGUGGAGGGUGCAGCUUUCCAGAGUAGACUUCCUCAUGACCGGAUGACUUCUCAAGAAGCAGCCUGUUUUCCAGAUAUUAUCAGUGGACCACAGCAGACCCAGAAGGUUUUUCUGUUCAUUAGAAACCGCACAUUGCAGUUGUGGUUGGAUAAUCCAAAGAUUCAGCUGACCUUUGAGGCUACUCUUCAACAAUUAGAAGCGCCUUACAACAGUGACACUGUGCUUGUCCACCGAGUUCACAGUUAUUUAGAGCGUCACGGUCUUAUCAACUUCGGCAUCUACAAAAGGAUAAAACCCCUACCAACUAAAAAGACAGGAAAAGUAAUUAUCAUAGGCUCUGGGGUCUCUGGCUUGGCAGCAGCUCGUCAAUUACAAAGUUUCGGAAUGGAUGUUACACUUUUGGAAGCCAGGGAUCGAGUGGGUGGACGAGUGGCUACAUUUCGCAAGGGAAACUAUGUAGCUGAUCUUGGAGCUAUGGUAGUAACAGGUCUUGGAGGGAAUCCCAUGGCUGUGGUCAGCAAACAAGUAAAUAUGGAACUGGCCAAGAUCAAGCAAAAAUGCCCACUUUAUGAAGCCAAUGGACAAGCAGACACUGUCAAGGUUCCUAAAGAGAAAGAUGAAAUGGUAGAGCAAGAGUUUAACCGGUUACUGGAAGCUACAUCUUACCUUAGUCAUCAGCUCGACUUCAAUGUCCUCAAUAAUAAGCCUGUGUCCCUUGGGCAGGCAUUGGAAGUUGUCAUUCAGUUACAAGAAAAGCAUGUCAAAGAUGAGCAAAUUGAACAUUGGAAGAAGAUAGUGAAGACUCAGGAGGAGUUGAAAGAACUUCUUAAUAAGAUGGUAAAUUUGAAAGAGAAAAUUAAAGAACUCCAUCAGCAAUACAAAGAAGCAUCUGAGGUCAAGCCACCCAGAGAUAUCACUGCAGAGUUCUUAGUGAAAAGUAAACACAGGGAUCUGACUGCCCUGUGCAAGGAAUAUGAUGAAUUAGCUGAAACACAAGGAAAGCUAGAAGAAAAACUUCAAGAAUUGGAAGCCAAUCCCCCAAGUGACGUGUAUCUCUCAUCAAGAGACAGACAGAUACUUGAUUGGCAUUUUGCAAAUCUUGAAUUUGCUAAUGCCACACCUCUCUCUACACUCUCCCUUAAACAUUGGGAUCAGGAUGAUGACUUUGAGUUUACUGGCAGCCACCUAACAGUGAGGAAUGGCUACUCUUGUGUGCCUGUGGCUUUAGCAGAAGGCCUAGACAUUAAACUGAAUACAGCGGUGCGGCAGGUUCGGUACACAGCUUCAGGAUGUGAAGUGAUAGCUGUGAAUACCCGCUCCACAAGCCAAACCUUUAUUUACAAAUGUGAUGCAGUUCUCUGUACCCUUCCCUUGGGUGUGUUGAAGCAACAGCCACCGGCUGUUCAGUUUGUGCCACCUCUUCCUGAGUGGAAAACAUCCGCAGUGCAAAGGAUGGGAUUUGGCAACCUUAACAAGGUGGUGUUGUGUUUUGACCGUGUGUUCUGGGAUCCAAGUGUCAAUUUGUUCGGGCAUGUUGGCAGUACAACUGCCAGCAGAGGUGAACUCUUCCUCUUCUGGAACCUUUAUAAAGCUCCGAUACUAUUGGCACUAGUGGCGGGAGAAGCUGCCGGCAUCAUGGAAAAUAUAAGUGAUGAUGUGAUUGUUGGCCGAUGCCUGGCCAUCCUCAAAGGGAUUUUUGGUAGUAGCGCGGUGCCCCAGCCCAAGGAGACUGUGGUAUCCCGCUGGCGUGCUGAUCCCUGGGCUCGGGGCUCCUAUUCAUAUGUAGCUGCAGGAUCAUCUGGAAAUGACUAUGAUUUAAUGGCUCAGCCAAUCACUCCUGGCCCUUCAAUUCCAGGUGCCCCACAGCCAAUUCCACGACUCUUCUUUGCUGGAGAACAUACAAUCCGUAACUACCCAGCCACUGUCCAUGGUGCUCUGCUGAGUGGGCUGCGAGAAGCCGGAAGGAUUGCAGACCAGUUCCUGGGGGCCAUGUACACCCUGCCUCGCCAGGCCACACCAGGCGUUCCUGCACAGCAGUCCCCAAGCAUGUGAGACUGAUGGGUUCGGAGGGAAGCAGCCAAUGUGCGUGUCUUUUGCUGUGUAGACAGAGCUCUUGUAGCAGUACUGGAUCCCACUGAGAAACUCACUCUGGCAUCUGGGCUCCCAGUCAGCUGCUGGAACUCAUGAUGCCAGGUGGCCAAGGAGGUUGCCUCCUUUGAGUGACUUAGAGCUAGAGAGGCAGUUGUCCAUUAGUGUGGAAGUUGGCGUUCUUCCUAAAGACUGAGGUAACCAAGUGUGGGGAGGGGACAUCUUAGUCUCUUGGUAUGUGGUGGUUUUUUAUAUUUUAAAAAUAAAACUUCAUAUAAAAUUCUUCC